GCCGAUCCGGGCUUCAGCUUUCUUUCUGAGGAAGAGGCUCCUGUGGUGCGGGGCUCUUUGGCUCUGUUCGCUCCUGUUCCUGACUCACCGCUGUUCGCUCUUGGCGAGGAACAAGUCGGUCAGGACGCCGCGCCGCCGCCAUGGCUUUUAAAGAUACUGGAAAGACACCCGUGGAGCCAGAGGUGGCCAUUCACCGAAUUAGGAUUACCCUCACCAGUCGCAACGUGAAAUCCCUGGAGAAGGUGUGUGCUGACUUGAUCAGAGGUGCAAAGGAAAAGAAUCUCAAAGUGAAAGGACCCGUUCGCAUGCCUACUAAGACCUUGAGAAUCACUACAAGAAAAACGCCUUGUGGUGAAGGUUCUAAGACAUGGGAUCGUUUCCAGAUGAGAAUCCACAAGCGACUGAUUGAUUUGCACAGUCCUUCUGAGAUUGUUAAGCAGAUUACUUCCAUCAGUAUUGAGCCAGGAGUGGAAGUUGAAGUCACCAUCGCAGAUGCCUAAGGCAACUGUUUUAAUAAAUUGAUAAUCAAUUGUUAAAA